UCACAAAUGACAGAGGGAAGGAAAAGCCCGGAAUAUUAUCAAGCAGUAAUUACUCGUUGGAGAGAAAGCUCAAUGACUGGUCAACAACAUGAGGAUAGCUUCCUGAAAUUACAGAGGGAAUUCAGGAAAUAUUACCCUAAUAUCUACAUCCUCAAUAGAAAAGCCUUGAUAAUCCAGCAUGCUGUAUUUGGGUGGCUCGCGGGUUUUAGAGGAGUUACUACAAGGUUAUCUAAAAGCCAGAUGAGCUCUUCUCAGAUAUUAUUCAAGCCAAGAUAUAAACUAAAUGAGGUUUCCAGGCCAUCAAGUGUAAAGAGAAAGGUUCAUUCAAAAGUUGAUAGCGGAUUAUUUGAUAACAAAGAAAAUUACUAUGAAAGAUCAGUUCAUAUCUCACCUAUCCAUAUUGAUAAUCCAAAGAGGAGCAGAGUGAACUCUAAUGGAUCAGAGUGACGCCCAAAGAAGUUGAGUUGUUUUCCUCGGCCUCAUGUGACUCCAGCCACUUCGAAGCUUACACCUCGGGAGAACAAGAUGAGCCUUCUUGAUAGAAAUAAGAAUUUAGGAACUAGUUUAAGAAAUAUCACAAAUGUUAUCUAUAAAGCCGUUGGGAAAUAUAAUGAUACUAAAUUAACCAGAAUGGAGGAUAACCAGAAGAGUAGUCUCUCUGCGUACAACAAAACUGAGUAUAAGACUGUCAGCAAACCUUUCAGACCUUCCUCUACUCUUACUAAAGCUGGCGAUGGGGAGUAUGAGAGGCAACAGAAAGAGAAAGAAGCUAGAAUUUCAAGAAUUAAAGAAGCCAGGAGAAAAUACUCCAAACCUAAGCUCAAGACUAAUACUAGAAAUAGCAGUUGAUUUGAUUCAAAUUCCAUACCAAUCAGUAAAAGACAGUCUCCAAGUGAUAGGAAAAAUAUUUCUCAACAGAAGAAGAAAGUUGUCUCAAAGUCUAACAUCAAAUUGAAAAAUCUUAGCCCAACUUCAAAGAACAACAAGAUCUCCCAUAUGGAAUUUGACAAGGAAAAUCAUGGAUCUUUCAAUAGGAGGCCUUCCAAGUCAUCUAUCUCAAGCACAAAGAUUAAGAGUUCAUUAAUGAUAGUUCCAAAAAUAAAUAAUUCUGGGUCCCGUCUGCCACAAACAAGUCGUAUGACCUUCCAGAGAUCAAAAGAGGGAAACUACAAGCUCACACCUUCAACUUAUGGAGGUAAAAAGACUGUGUACAAGCCUCUAUCUAGUAGCAUUAAAUCUAAGACUCAGGGAUUAAAAAACCAGCUCAAAGAGAUCAAUAAGGAUCAAUUAAGUAACUGUGAGAAAGAAAAAGAUGUGUAUUAUAAAAUUCCUCGGAUCGACCUGUCAGGAGAAUGCCCUGAAAUCGAGCUUGAAUAUACUUCUGAAAAUCCUGAGCACAUAAUCAAGUAUUGCCAUGAUUUAAAAUCCCAAAGAUCCAAUCCAAAGAACAUUCCUAAUUAUCAAAAGACAACUUUUUCUGUUGAAAAGAAGAAGACUCUAAAGAAGAACCAGAGGGAGAUCACCAAUCAGUUGCAGCUCCAUCUUGACCAUUCCUGUGAAAGAGAGCAAGAGGUGCCCCAAUCGGAGUACAUAAAUUUUGAGGAGAAGGUCUAUCAGAUUAGCUGAAUUGAUGACGGAGAGUGCACGUCUGAGUUCUAAUCCUUCCAAUCUGCUAGCCUGGGAGCCUCCCUAGUUCCUAAGUUUGAUCUUAAUUUGCCAAAAUUAAAUUAU